ACUCGAAACACUCACUGAAAUAUUUGAUGAACUGAUCAAACCCAGUUUUCUCUAAUGCUCUGAUAAUCUUACUUUGACAUUCAACUCAAUGGAGGGUCUUUUUUUAGCCGCCAGUACGAGUCCCUCUUGCUCUUUCUCAACCAAUGCCUUACUUUUUCCUUCCGUGUCAGCCUCAAGAGCAAUACAAAGAAGAGGAGUUUAUUUCCCUCGGAAAAGUAAAAAAUUUUCAGUUUUCGCUGCUAAAGAAGAGCCUAGGUUUGACCAGUGGGACCUUAUGGAGCUCAAGUUUGGCAAAAUGCUUGGUGAAGACCCCAAACUCACCCUUGCCAAGAUUAUGGGUAGAAAAGCGAACCCGGAUGCUUCUUCUAUGGAAAUUGAGAAAGAAUUUUACAAAAGAAAGGGUAAAAUAGUAGAAGUAAAGGAGGUUCCAUUUGACGUGUCUGACGAUAAGAAAUCAUCAUCUAGUUCAUUGGAUGGUUUGAAUUUGGUUCGCCCAGUUCCAAAGAAGGGAGUCAAAUUUCAAGCCAAUUAUAAACUUCGUGAGCCAGUUAUAAAGAAACCAAGCCCGUCAGUUAAAAGGGCAAUAGAUAGGAGCAAGAGUAGCAUUCCUAAUGUUAUCUUGAGAAAGCCAACCUUGGUUAAUGAGGAUGACGUCGAGGAUAUGCCAUCGAGGUUGAGAAUGAAACCUAAUUUGUCAUUGAAAAUGAGGAAUGAGCAAGCAAAGGAGAAAUUUAGUGAUAUGACACUCUUGAGAAGGCCAGAACCUACUAGUACCAAUGCGAAUGAAGAAAAGGAGACUUCUGGUAAUCCUGAUGCCAAAGCUACUGUUGAUGGCGCUGGGUUAGGAACAAGGAAAGAAGAAGGGGAAGGUGAAUAUGUUGAUUUCACCCUGUUGAAAAAGCCUGCAACAAUUAGCAUCAAGACAAAAAUUGAUGGGAAACAAGAGCCAUUCGAGGAUGCAGAAGCUAAAGUUACAGAGUUCAUUGAGGAGAAAAGUUUAAAGGCAGAGCUGGAAGCUAUUGAUAUGAAUAAUGCGAGGAUGGCCGAUUUUGGGGAUGGCUCAGUGGUAGAGGAACGUGAACUGAAAGAUAACUCGAUCUCAGGAGUGCAGCCACUCAAGAGUCAAAUUGGGUCCACUGAGGGUGAGAGUGAAUCAUUAGAAGAAAAUUUGGUGGAUUCCAGUGCCACAUUUGCUGUAAAGUCUUCACUACAAGAAAAACCUACAAGAUUAGGCCAGUCUGUCAAAGAAAGAGAGGUGGCAAUCCCCAUGAAUCCAGUUGGUAAUGGGAAUGAUAUUGAACUUGAUGAUCUCCGUUCAACAUAUCCUCUAUUGGAACGUGAAGAUUCUGAUUGGACCAAGGCGGAAGAUCUUGUUAAGACAGGGGAACGAGUGGAAGUGGAGUUAAUAAGCUCUAGCACCAGAGGUUUUGUUGUAUCUUUCGGCGCACUGAUUGGAUUUUUACCAUAUCGUAAUCUUGUUGCCAAGUGGAAGUUCUUAGCAUUUGAGUCUUGGUUGAGACAUAAGGGCUUAGAUCCAUCAAAGUAUAAGCAAAAUCUUGGAAUCAUUGGAAAGUAUGAUAUGCAAAAUAAGACUUCUACGCUUGACUCAAGCCAAGAUCAGGAACUAAAUCAACAAAUAGGGGGAGAAGUUUCACCAGAUAUGAAGUUGGAAGAUCUUCUUAGGAUAUAUGAUCAAGAGAAGCUGAAAUUCUUGUCAUCAUUUGUUGGUCAGAAAAUCAAUGUGAAUGUAGUAAUGGUUGACCGGAAAUUGAGAAAGCUUAUAUUUUCUGUGAAGCCAAAAGAAAAGGAAGAGUUGGUUGCGAAAAAGAGAAGUCUGAUGGGGAUGAGGAGUUUGAGCCAGCAACUACCUCCAAUAACAGGAAUUGCUUGGUUAAGCACGUUGGAAGAUGUUUGUUCCAAUUGGGGCAAGUUGACUAUGGCUUUUGAUAAGGGAGGGAAAAAGGUGAUACUCAAGGGUGAUUCUUCACUUGUUAAGAUAGUAGUUUCUCUGAAAACUUUACUCAGGAUGUUGCAAUUGGAGGGGGAUGGAUACUUGGUAGAAUGUAGUUCAAUAGAGGUCAAGGAUAGUCAGGAAGAAGGAAAAGUGGAACCUGUUGUGGUUGAGGUGUUAAAUGAUUUCGCCCAAGUUUUUGACCAAACUACUAGGCUCCCUCCCCGUAGACAACUAGACCAUGCCAUCACCCUUCAACUUGGAGCCAAACCACGUAGCAUUAGACCAUACAAAUACCCUUACCUCUAA